AUGGAGCAUAUGUCUGGUCUUAGGCGAACGACAUCCAGGUCAGAGAGUGAGAAUCAUUUUUUUCGUCAAGUGUGCAAUUCGAAAGCUACUCUUGUUGAGUUCAUGACGCAUUAUGAGACUACAAUAGAAGCACAACGUCACACACAUCGUAAAAAUGAUCAUGAAUCUCGAUACAAAAGACCCCAGUUGAAGAGUAGUUACAAAUUGUUGGAAGGGCAAGCUGUUGAUAUAUACACAAAAAAUAUUUUUUGUGACGUUCAAGCUGAGCUUAUUGGAGUUGCGGAUUGCAUAAAUCAACGUUACGAAGAUCAGCCUGAUGGGUUUGUUAAGUUUUACGUAAAUGACUUCCAACAGCCUUGUACAUCCUUAUUUGAGACAAACAUUCUAUGCAUGGCGUUAUAG